CAGUUACAUUACUGCCGCCGAAUAUGGCCGUAUAGUAAUAUCACGAAAUAAUUUGAGGAUUGUUUGUUUAUAAAAUUUAUAAUAUGUUGAUCGUGUUUCGUACAAGCUAGAAAAAUUUCGUAGAUUUUUAGUGCUUUUAUUAAUAUGACGGUUUGUUGAACGAAUCUUUAUAGAUAACUGUGUUCCUUUAUUUUCCACUUUCGGUGCAUCUUGUUGCAAUUCUAUUGUAAUAUUUCCACGUACGCGUUUUAAUAUCAUUUUGUUUCUUCUUCACGUUGAUCCCUCCACAAACUAAUCACUGACGUAAUGGCAGAUACGUUGCGUAAAGAUGGAUAUGAAAUAUCAAACAUAACGAUGCGUGGUGGAGGUGGUAAUAUGGCAACAGAUAGUGAUAUGAAGCUAGAGCCGUCUAGUCCUACAGAGAAAUAUACGUUCUCUCGUUGUAGUAGUACUGGCUCUGUAAAUACACCAUCUUCAUCUGCUCAUAAUACAGAGGAUGAAGACAGUGAUAAUAAAAAUUCAACGAUAAGUUAUAAAGAACGCAGGAGGGAAGCACAUACUCAAGCAGAACAGAAGCGAAGAGAUGCUAUUAAGAAAGGAUACGAUUCUCUUCAAGAUUUGGUUCCUGCUUGCCAGCAUACCGAUUCAUCAGGUUAUAAGCUUUCCAAGGCUACUGUACUUCAGAAAUCAAUUGAUUAUAUACAAUUUUUAUUGCAACAAAAGAAAAAACAAGAGGAGGACCGUAACGCACUAAGAAAAGAUGUUGUUGCUUUACGUAUUAUGCAAGCUAAUUAUGAGCAAAUUGUUAAAGCUCAUCAAACCCAACCGGGACAGGCUGAAAUGCGUAUAUCCGAUGAAACCAAAUUUCAAGUGUUUCAGGCAAUUAUGGAUCGUUUAUUUCAAACAUUUAAUAACAUUUCUGUAGCAAAUUUUGCAGAAUUAUCUGGGUGUGUGUUUAGUUGGUUGGAGGAACAUUGCAAACCACUGACUUUGCGCAAUGUAGUACUAUCUGUACUCCAACAGCUUAACAGCCAAAUCAGCUAGCUGAGUAUAUUACUAAAAUUUAUAAUUGCACAAUACGAUGUUUAUAUAAAUUUUUCGCUGAUACUUAGGUCAAUCGUCGGUACGUGUUUUAUGUGCAAUACGGGUGGCAUAAUGAUUGCACGAGAAAUAUAAAUAAAAAUUUAUUUUAUAUAUUAAUAAAGAUGCAGAUAUAAACAUGUAAUGUGUUGUAGAACUUCCUCGUGCCGUUAUUGGCGACUAAACGAUGUUAUAUAUUUUUACUAGAAAUUUUUUAUUACAUAUACUUUGUCGCAUAUGUAUGAUAUACAGCGUAUGUACAUAUAUGUACGAAUAUAUUCGAGUAUGUACAUAAUAUAUUAACUCCAAUAUAGCAGCUUGAAAUAAAAGUCCCAUCAUCCAUGUUUAUGUUUUAUGGUUAUAAUCAUCCACAUUAAUUCUCUUCCAGUAUU